GAUUGUCAUCAAAUAAUUGAAAAAGAAAUGAAAUUUACAUGUUGAGCUGAAGAAAUGACCCCUUAAACCUUAAACCAGAAAAUUGAAAACAAAUGAUUAGAAUUGUGUAAUUAUGUUAUUUUAAUAAACAGUGUUGGCAAAUCAAUUUUUAUAAAAUGAGUUUCCUUACAUUCCGAUCUGGCGCUGAAAUUGACAUCAUUCUGGAUGGAGCUGAGAAUAGGAAAUUGGCUGAGAUAAAGUCGGAGGAUGGAAAGAAAGACAGAUAUUACCUUUAUUAUGAUGGAGAAACGGUCUCUGGAAAGGUUAAUAUAACAAUGAAAAAGCCUGGAACCAAAUUGGACCAUUUAGGAAUCAAGGUUGAAUUCAUUGGAGAAAUUGAAUUGUACGCAGACAGAGGUAAUCAUCAUGAAUUCAGUUCUCUUGUUAAAGAUUUGGCUCGUCCCGGUGAUUUGGUACAAAAUACUAGUUAUUCCUUUGAAUUUGUCAAUGUCGAAAAACCAUAUGAAUCCUAUACUGGAACAAAUGUUCGUUUAAGAUACUUUAUCCGUGUUACUAUUGUCAGAAGAUUAUCUGACAUAAUCAAGGAGAUGGACAUAAUUGUCCACACACUAGCUUCUUAUCCAGAGGUCAAUUCACCGAUUAAGAUGGAAGUCGGAAUUGAAGAGUGUCUACACAUCGAGUUCGAAUACAAUAAAUCUAAAUAUCAUUUGAAAGAUGUUAUUGUUGGUAAAAUAUACUUUCUCCUUGUAAGAAUAAAAAUUAAACACAUGGAAAUCGCCAUCAUUAAAAAAGAAUCUACUGGAAUUGGUCAGAAUACAUUCAACGAGAAUGAAACAAUCGCUAAAUAUGAAAUUAUGGACGGAGCUCCUGUUCGUGGUGAAUCAAUUCCAUUACGAUUAUUCUUAGCUGGAUAUGAGUUAACACCAACCAUGAAAGAUAUUAACAAAAAGUUUUCAGUUCGAUAUUUUCUCAAUCUAGUGCUUGUCGAUGAAGAGGAACGAAGAUACUUCAAGCAACAAGAGAUCAUUUUAUGGCGAAAAGGAGAGAAAACUCGUAAACAGAUUCAAUCUCAAGUUCCACAGCCAAGUGAAAUUAAAUAAUUCUCAUUUGUCCCUCUUUCCAAUAAUCAAAUCAAAUCAAUUUAUCUCCCCCCUCUCUCUCUCUCUCUCUAAACUCUUCUCUAUCAAAAAUCUUUCUCUGCCUUUUCUCACUCUCAAUCCUUUUCCCAUCUUUUCCGUUAAAUGGUUCAGCGAAACAUGGGAUAGAUAAUAAUUCUAACCAUAGAAAUCUAUUAUUAUUCAGAUGAAUCUUUUGUCUUUUAUCAAACAUUUUGUUGUCUUGUUUUAGGAGAAAAAUUAAUCACUAUAAUCAAUUGUAAACUGGUGAUUCCGUUCGAGAACAAUCAAUGUAUUAAUUUAACAAUAAUCAAUCAAUUUCACAAAAUCAA